GCUGGCCAGGAUGGCGCAGUGGAACCAGCUACAGCAGCUCGACACACGGUACCUGGAGCAGCUCCACCAGCUCUACAGCGACAGCUUCCCCAUGGAGCUCCGGCAGUUCCUGGCCCCGUGGAUUGAAAGCCAGGACUGGGCAUACGCUGCCAGCAAGGAGUCUCACGCCACGCUGGUGUUCCACAACCUGCUGGGGGAGAUCGACCAGCAGUACAGCCGCUUCCUGCAGGAGUCCAACGUCCUCUACCAGCACAACCUGCGCCGCAUCAAGCAGUUCCUGCAGAGCAGAUACUUGGAGAAGCCAAUGGAAAUAGCUCGCAUCGUGGCUCGCUGCCUCUGGGAAGAGUCCCGGCUCCUCCAGACCGCUGCCACCGCAGCCCAGCAAGGGGGACAGGCAACACAUCCAACAGCAGCUGUGGUGACAGAGAAGCAGCAGAUGCUGGAGCAGCACCUGCAGGAUGUCAGGAAGAGGGUGCAGGAUCUGGAGCAGAAGAUGAAAGUGGUAGAGAAUCUCCAAGAUGACUUUGAUUUUAACUACAAGACUUUGAAAAGCCAAGGAGACAUGCAGGACCUGAACGGGAACAACCAGUCAGUGACCCGGCAGAAGAUGCAGCAGCUGGAGCAAAUGCUGACAGCUCUGGACCAGAUGCGCAGGGGCAUAGUGAGCGAGCUGGCUGGGCUGCUGUCAGCCAUGGAGUAUGUGCAGAAGAUGCUGGCAGAUGAGGAACUGGCAGACUGGAAGAGGCGGCAGCAGAUUGCCUGCAUUGGUGGCCCACCCAAUAUCUGCCUGGACCGGCUUGAGAACUGGAUAACCUCCCUCGCUGAAUCACAGCUACAGACCCGGCAGCAGAUCAAGAAGUUGGAAGAACUGCAGCAAAAAGUAUCCUAUAAGGGUGACCCAAUCGUGCAGCACCGACCCAUGCUGGAGGAGCGGAUUGUGGAGCUGUUCAGGAACCUGAUGAAAAGUGCUUUUGUUGUGGAGAGGCAGCCCUGCAUGCCCAUGCACCCCGACCGGCCCCUUGUCAUCAAGACAGGUGUGCAGUUCACCACCAAAGUCAGAUUGUUGGUCAAGUUUCCAGAGCUGAACUAUCAGCUGAAAAUCAAAGUCUGCAUUGACAAGGACUCUGGGGAUGUUGCAGCACUUCGGGGGUCCCGGAAGUUUAACAUCCUGGGGACCAACACCAAGGUCAUGAACAUGGAGGAGUCAAACAACGGCAGCCUCUCAGCAGAGUUCAAACACCUGACCCUGCGGGAGCAGCGGUGUGGGAAUGGAGGCCGAGCCAACUGUGAUGCCUCGCUGAUAGUCACCGAGGAGCUGCACCUCAUCACUUUUGAGACAGAGGUGUAUCACCAGGGGCUGAAGAUCGACCUGGAGACCCACUCGCUGCCUGUGGUGGUUAUCUCCAACAUCUGUCAGAUGCCCAAUGCCUGGGCAUCCAUCCUGUGGUACAACAUGCUGACCAACAACCCCAAGAACGUGAACUUCUUCACCAAGCCACCCAUUGGGACCUGGGACCAGGUGGCAGAGGUGCUGAGCUGGCAGUUCUCCUCCACCACGAAGCGUGGGCUCAGCAUCGAGCAGCUGACCACACUGGCAGAAAAACUGCUGGGACCAGGUGUGAAUUACUCUGGCUGUCAGAUCACCUGGGCCAAGUUUUGCAAGGAGAACAUGGCUGGCAAAGGCUUCUCUUUCUGGGUCUGGCUGGACAACAUCAUUGACUUGGUGAAGAAGUACAUCCUGGCUCUGUGGAAUGAAGGGUAUAUCAUGGGCUUCAUCAGCAAGGAGCGGGAGCGAGCCAUCCUGAGCACCAAGCCCCCAGGGACCUUUCUUCUGCGCUUCAGUGAGAGCAGCAAGGAAGGAGGCAUCACCUUCACGUGGGUGGAGAAGGACAUCAGUGGGAAGACACAGAUCCAGUCGGUGGAGCCUUACACCAAGCAGCAGCUGAACAACAUGUCGUUUGCGGAGAUCAUCAUGGGCUACAAAAUCAUGGAUGCCACCAACAUCCUGGUGUCCCCACUGGUGUACCUGUACCCAGACAUCCCCAAGGAGGAGGCGUUUGGAAAGUACUGCCGCUCUGAGAGCCAGGAACACUCGGAAGCGACGGACUCAGGUAGUGCUGCUCCGUACCUGAAGACCAAGUUCAUCUGCGUCACCCCCACCUCCUUCAGCAACACCAUCGACCUGCCCAUGUCCCCGCGCACCCUGGACUCACUCAUGCAGUUCGGCAACAGCAGCGAGGGCGCAGAGAGCAACGCGGGUGGGCAGUUCGAGUCGCUGACCUUCGACAUGGAGCUGACCCCAGAGUGUGCGUCCUCGCCCAUGUGAGGGGCUGCGCCGGCGCGCGGGGCCCUCCCUGGGCUCAGCCUUCCCACCUCCAGAGCGCUCCCCCGGAUUUGUCCCACUCGGCUGCAGCUGCUCCAGGCCUGCCCUCGGCCACAGCUGGGGGCCAGGGUCCCUGAGUGGGUUCAGGUCCUCACCUGACCCAGCAGCGCAGCCCCUCUCUGGGGUGGUGCCUCUCACCUCUGGGGGAGGGGGAUGAAUCUUUUUCUAUUUCCUUCCAUAACAGUUUUCUAUUAUUUUUUCUCAUUCAAGUGCCUAUUUGCCUCCGAUUGCAGCCACAGCUCCCACAAACUCUUCCACAGCCCCAGUCCUGCUGCUGGAAGCUGCUGCCCUGACUGCCCGCACCCAAACCCACAAGACCCUACAAGUCUGGAAUUGCAGAGGGGAUUGGCCAUGUGGCAGGGUCUGCCCUGCUGCUCCCAGCACCUCCUAGAGCUUGCAGGGUGCUGGGCUGAGUCCCCUCUCUGCACCCACCUGGUUUUAGAGACCUCUGGCCAGGAUGACCAGUACAGGGCUUGGAGCUGCAGGUGGAUGUAUCCAGGUUCUCCCACCCUUGACUCAGGAGGCACUGCCCCUGCUGGACUCAGCCUGGGGUUUGCUGGGAGCCCAGAGGUUCAGGAGCUGUUUGUGCUUGUCCCCAGAUUCCUGCUUUAGAGUGGUCUGGCCAAUGCUGGCAGCCCGGGCUCAUUUUGGGAUGGCUGGUAUCCCUGGGGUAGGGCAGUGCUGCUACCCAGGAAUGGCACCUGUGUGUGAGCAGCAUUUGCAGCUGUGGCCCAUUCUGGGAGCUGGAUGAAGCCACAGGGGCUGUCCUGCUUCCCUGUGGCCAGGCUGGUGCUGGGAGCUCGGUCUUGCUUCCAGCACUGUGCCAAGUUAGACCUCUUGGACCCUGGGGAAUUGGGGGAACCAGCAUGGCUGACAGUGGGGCACCUGGCCUGUCCCCUUCUUUCUGGGUUAUGAGGGGCCAGGCAUGGGGUCCUGCAGCUUCUUGGGGGCUUCAUGUGGCAUUUGUAUUGGAGGUUGGCCCUCACAGUUAAGGUGGGAAGAGGCAAGAGUUGAAGGGAGCAGGUGGAUGUGAGGAGAAUAACAUAUUGUGGGGCAGUGCAAGACAGUGACAGGGGUGUUGUGAAGAGCAGGUCUCCUGACUUUUGGGGGGUUGGUGGUUGUGGUCCUGCAUUUAACAAAACUGGGGGAGCCCUCCUGCCCUUUCCAUGCAAUGGGCAAACAGACACGGAUGAGCAGUGGAGGGGUGGGGGAGGCAGUGGCAGAGCUGCUCCCUCCGAGUUGCAUCACAGCUGGUGGGCAAGGAGCAGGAGGGCAGGGGGGAGGAUCCCCAUGGCUGUGGGGUCUGAGCAAGCCCCUCCAAGCUGUGAGGAGCAGGAUGGGGGGUCCGUGGCUGGCCCUGGGGAUGCUCAGGGGCGAUGAGGGCCCUUUGCCCCUCUGCUCGCUCGCCAUAGCUGCCUCCAGCCACAGUCCCUGGCAGCAUUCAAUACUGUAAAAAAUUUUAUUUUUUGUAUAUUUUAUUGCUGUAUCUACAGGCUUUAACUUUCUCCGAAAUAAAGGCCCUGAAGCGA